AGUGCUGCAGCCACUGCAGCGACAUUGGCUCUCCCUGCUGGUGUUACCCCUGUUCAGCAGAUACUUACAAAUUCAGGCCAGAUCCUCCAAGUAGUUAGAACUGCAAAUGGAGCUCAGUAUAUCAUUCAGCCACAACAGCCAGUCGUUCUACAGCAGCAGGUCAUACCCCAAAUGCAGCCUGGUAGUGUACAAGCACCUGUAAUUCAGCAGGUUUUGGCUCCCAUCCCCGGAGGGAUUCCGCAGCAGACAGGAGUGAUCAUUCAGCCUCAGCAGAUCCUGUUUACAGGAAACAAAACCCAAGUCAUACCUACCACUGUGGCGGCCCCGACCCCUGCCCAAGCACAGAUUCCUGCAGCUGGCCAGCAGCAACCGCAGCAACAACAAGCGCAGGCACAAGCACCGCUUGUGCUCCAGGUCGAUGGAGCGGGGGACACGUCCUCUGAGGAAGAGGAAGACGAGGAGGAAGACUAUGAUGAUGAUGAAGAGGAAGACAAAGAAAAAGAUGGAGGUGAAGAUGGCCAGGUUGAAGAGGAGCCCCUCAACAGUGAAGAUGAUGUGAGUGAUGAGGAAGGACAAGAACUGUUUGAUACAGAAAAUGUUGUUGUGUGCCAGUAUGAUAAGAUUCACAGAAGUAAAAACAAAUGGAAAUUUCACCUCAAAGAUGGCAUCAUGAAUCUUAAUGGAAGAGAUUUUGUAUUUUCCAAAGCCAUUGGGGAUGCUGAAUGGUGAAGUUUUUAAGACAAAGCAAAACAAAACAAAACAAAAAACCUUCUCAUAAGAGGAAAAAAAAAUCAAAAGCAGGAAAGGUUGAGACUUGGACAUAUAUUUCAACCAAAAUAUGUAUCUGCACAUCAAAAAUAAAGCGUAAACAAAACUAUUGGAACAAAGAUAAAAUGUGGCAACAAAGACACUACUUCAGAUGAGCAAGCCAUGGACUGUAGCAGCUAUAGCAUUGUCUGGGAGCUGGUUUUGUGUGUUAGGAAAACAUUAAUUAUCAAUUCUACCUACAGGUACCUACAGCUGGUAUUUAGCAUGUAAGGCUUUGUCUCCCCCUUCUUCCCUCGGUUUAAGAUUUUAAAAUGCUUCUUCCACUGAUUGAAGGAACUCUUCCCUUUGAUAGAUUAUUAAUCUGAAAAUGCUUAUUGUGUGUACAAAUCUUUGCUUUGGACACUUCCUUUUGGUAGUGAGGAUGGUAAGAAUGUUACUUAAAACUGCGUGCAAGCUUUGUACAGAAGGGUAAGAAUUAAGGUGUUAAAUUUUAAAUAACGUGUAUAAGGAAAAUAUUUUUAAUUCUGAUAAGCUCAUUAAUUAUUAUAUCUAUUUGUUGUUUUCAAAUCCAUUCCCCAUAAACACAUUCUUGUUCCUAGCAGUUACAAAAUGGUAAAAUGAUCAUUUAUAUUACAAAAUUAUUUUUUAUUUCAUGUGAAUGGCAUCUUUUAUUUAGGACUGUAUUUCUAAAAUACUAAGCA